UACAGGGUCUCCUAGAAGGGCGUUCUCCGUCCCUGCGCAUCGGCAUGGAAGAAGCUCGGCCGGGGGAGGAAACGCAACCUGGUCAUGAUGAAGAAGCUGUUGUGGAUAUGGGCAAAAUUAGCUCUACUAUCAAUACAAACUUUGAGAAAGAAGAACUAGAGAGCCACAGAGCAGUGUAUAUUGGAGUUCACGUCCCACUUGGAAAGCAGGGCCGUCGACGGCACAGGCAUCGUGGGCACAGGCAUCACAGAAGAAAAAAAGAAAAAGAAACUGACAGAGAGGAUGGCCGAGAAUCUCCAUCAUAUGACACGCCAUCCCAAAGAGUGCAGUUUAUCUUGGGUACUGAAGAUGAUGAUGAACACAUUCCCCAUGAUCUUUUCACUGAAAUGGAUGAACUUUGCUUCAGGGAUGGAGAAGAAUAUGAAUGGAAAGAAACAGCUAGGUGGCUCAAGUUUGAAGAGGAUGUUGAAGAUGGUGGGGAUCGAUGGAGCAAACCCUAUGUAGCAACUCUGUCUCUACACAGUCUCUUUGAACUGCGAAGCUGCAUUCUGAAUGGGACGGUGAUGUUGGACAUGAGAGCAAACACACUAGAUGAGAUAGCAGAUAUGGUUUUGGACAACAUGAUUGCCUCUGGCCAGCUGGAUGAAUCCAUAAGAGAGAAUGUGAGAGAGGCUCUUCUAAAAAGGCACCAUCAUCAGAAUGAGAAGAAAUUCAGCAAUCGGAUUCCCUUGGUUCGAUCUUUUGCAGAUAUAGGCAAGAAACAUUCUGACCCUCACUUGCUUGAACGAAAUGGGGAAGGCCUUUCAGCCUCCCGCCACUCUUUGCGAACAGGUCUGUCUGCCUCAAAUAUUUCCCUGAGAGGAGAAAACCGUUUAUCAGUUCUUCUCAAUUACCUUCUUCCUUCUUCAAGAGCUGGAACCCCGGCAACCUCAAGGUGUACAACCCCUGUAACUACCCCUCAAAACACACCACCGUCCAGUCCUAUCUGCAGCCACCCGCCAACCACAACUUCCCAGCCAAGUCCACUUCAGGGCAAGGAAUUGCUGGUGUCACCUGCCAGGGGUGAUAUUCCUUCUGUGGUAAUUCACCCACCUGAGGAGGACUUAGAAAUGCAGGAAAGCCAGGAAAAGAAGACAGAGGAAAAUAUUGGCAAAACACCAGGUCUGUUAGCAUCUCCACAGUCAGCACCUGGAAAUUUAGACACUGGGAAGAGUGGAGAUGUUAAAGGUACUGGCACAGGAGGAAGCAGAGAGAACAGUACGGUUGAUUUUAGUAAGGUUGAUAUGAACUUCAUGAGGAAAAUUCCUUCAGGAGCAGAAGCAUCAAACGUGCUAGUGGGAGAAGUAGAUUUUUUAGAAAGACCAAUUAUUGCUUUUGUGAGGCUCUCCCCUGCUGUGCUUCUCUCAGGUCUGACAGAGGUUCCUGUUCCUACACGGUUUUUAUUUUUGUUACUGGGACCAGCAGGAAAAGCUCCACAGUACCAUGAAAUUGGAAGAUCAAUAGCGACUCUUAUGACAGAUGAUGUUUUCCAUGAUGUUGCCUAUAAAGCAAAAGACAGAAAUGAUUUAUUGUCAGGAAUUGAUGAAUUUCUAGACCAAGUGACAGUUCUGCCUCCAGGGGAAUGGGAUCCAUCCAUACGAAUUGAGCCACCAAAAAGUGUACCUUCCCAGGAGAAAAGGAAGGUACCUAAAUUUCCAAAUGGAACUACUCCUACAGGAGAGCCUCUCAAAGAAGAAGGCCAUCAUGCUGGACCAGAACUUGAGAGAACUGGAAGGCUUUUUGGUGGUUUGAUACUUGACAUCCAAAGGAAAGCACCUUUUUUCUUGAGUGACUUCAAGGAUGCAUUAAGCCUGCAGUGCCUGGCCUCGAUUCUUUUCCUAUACUGUGCCUGUAUGUCUCCUGUAAUCACUUUUGGAGGGCUCCUGGGAGAAGCUACACAAGGCAGAAUAAGUGCAAUAGAGUCUCUCUUUGGAGCCUCAUUAACUGGGAUUGCCUAUUCUCUCUUUGCUGGGCAACCUCUUACUAUUCUGGGGAGCACCGGACCAGUUCUAGUAUUCGAAAAAAUAUUAUUUAAAUUUUGCAGGGAUUAUGAUCUUUCCUACCUCUCCCUGCGAACUAGCAUUGGUCUGUGGACUGCUUUUUUAUGCAUUGUGCUUGUAGCCACAGAUGCCAGCAGCCUCGUGUGUUACAUUACUCGAUUUACUGAGGAAGCUUUUGCAGCCCUUAUAUGCAUCAUAUUUAUUUAUGAGGCAUUAGAAAAGCUUUUUCAUUUGGGAGAAGUGUACGCUUUCAAUAUGCACAAUGAUUUGGAUAAACUGACUUCAUACUCGUGUGUGUGUUCUGAGCCUGAGAAACCCAGCAAUGAAACUUUGGAGGCCUGGAAGAAAAUGAAUAAAUCUGUGGAAGACAUAGCAUGGAGUAACCUUACAGUUUCUGAAUGUCUAGAAUAUCAUGGUGUGUUUCAUGGAUCAGCUUGUGGCCAUCAUGGGCCAUAUAUUCCAGAUGUUCUCUUCUGGUCUGUCAUACUGUUCUUUACAACAUUUUUCCUCUCCUCUUUCCUUAAGCAGUUCAAGACCAAACGCUAUUUCCCAACAAAGGUGCGUUCUACCAUCAGUGACUUUGCAGUGUUUCUGACCAUAGUAAUCAUGGUUUUGAUUGACUAUCUUGUAGGAGUACCUUCUCCUAAGCUUCAUGUUCCAGAGAAGUUUGAACCCACCCGAAAAGACCGAGGAUGGUUCAUAGAUCCUCUUGGAAGCAAUCCUUGGUGGACACUUUUGGUAUCUGCUGUUCCUGCUUUACUCUGUACCAUUCUCAUUUUCAUGGAUCAACAAAUAACAGCUGUUAUUAUAAACAGGAAGGAGCAUAAGCUGAAGAAAGGCUGUGGUUAUCAUCUUGAUCUGCUCAUGGUUGGUGUUAUGUUGGGGAUAUGUUCUAUCAUGGGCUUACCAUGGUUUGUUGCUGCAACUGUUCUGUCUAUAAGUCAUGUUAAUAGCUUGAAAGUUGAAUCUGAAUGCUCAGCACCAGGAGAGCAACCAAAGUUUUUGGGAAUCCGGGAGCAGCGAGUGACAGGAUUGAUGAUUUUUGUCCUGAUGGGGCUGUCAGUGUUCAUGACAUCUGUGUUAAAGUUUAUUCCAAUGCCAGUUUUGUAUGGUGUCUUCCUUUACAUGGGAGUAUCUUCAUUAAAAGGCAUUCAGUUUUUUGACCGUAUAAAACUGUUUGGAAUGCCUGCCAAGCAUCAACCCGACCUGAUUUAUCUACGUUAUGUGCCACUCUGGAAGGUCCAUAUCUUUACAGUUGUUCAGCUCACUUGCCUAGUUCUGUUGUGGGUGAUUAAAGCCUCUGCAGCUGCUGUUGUUUUCCCUAUGAUGGUUCUAGCAUUAGUGUUCAUUCGCAAGCUCAUGGAUUUAUGUUUCACCAAAAGAGAGCUUAGCUGGCUUGAUGAUCUUAUGCCAGAAAGUAAAAAGAAGAAAGAAGAUGACAAAAAGAAAAAAGAAAAAGCAGAAGCAGAGAGAAUGCUUCAUACGGGGGACAGUGAAAGUGUGCACCUUUCAUAUGGAGGAGCAAAUUUGGAUUUUCCUGUAAAAAGUCUAAAAUACAGUGUUGAUCCCUCAGUUGUAAACAUAUCAGACGAAAUGGCCAAAACUGCACAGUGGAAGGCUCUUGCCAUGAGUACUGAGAAUGCCAAAGUAACCAGAGCUAACCUGAGCCCUGAAAAACCAGAAAGUGUGAAAAUAAAUGUGCAAGAUACACCUGUUGUGAAAUACGUGGAUGCUGAAACAUCUUUAUAGAACUGAACCAAUGGGAAUUGUGUGUAUUUGUGUGUGUAUAUACAUCACUGUAGGAUACUAUACCAUUGAAGUGUGAUUUCCAGUUUAAGGAGCAACAUGUAUUUAAUUCUGCCAUGGUUUGGGAACUGUAGAUAUGCUUGCAUAAUGAGAAGAUUUUCCUACAAAUAAGAUGAGUGGUAAUCACACUUCAGCUAUUUAUUUUAUUGGAAAUUUUAUUUUCAUUUUAAAAUAGGAAGACUGUAAUCAAUGCAUAUUAUUUUCAAUAAUCAGUACGUGCAUAAAAGUUAAAUCAGCUUUUGCUGAUGAUUACUGGUCCACAUUGCUUAAAAUUUUGCCAUACCUCUGUUUAUAAUGUGUGCUACAGAAGUUUGUUUUCCAUGCAGGCAAUUACUGCUUGUUUUUGCAGGGUAUAUACUUUUUUUUUUUGUGAUUUCAUAGAACAAAUAUUAACAUGUUGUUGACAAGAACUACUGUUUUAUGUCUCUACCACAUGCUAGUGUUUUCCGGAUUGUCUGUCCUGUUUCACUGAAGUGGCCUAGAAGCCUAAGUCAGGUGGUUAGUUUAUCCCUAAAAAUACAUAUAAAUGCCCUGUUCUGCUAUUUCUUACUCUUUUUCAUUUUCUUUUUCAAUUCACCUUGUUUUUUCAUUAUUGUCCAGUAGCAGUAUGAGUGCAGAAAUUGUUGUUACAGUCCCAAGUCAGUAUUUGCCAUUCUGGACAUUCCAUGUUUACACAACAGAAAUUGGAUUUACAUUUUUUGCAAUUUGGUCCAUAGGAAACUAGAAAUGUUACCAAACUACUACUUUUGAAUUCUUUUGUUCCUGCUUUUCCUUAUAUUUUUCCAUUGACUAUCAGAGUCUGAUUUACUCAGCUCUAAGACUGAAACCUUAGACUAUUUCAUGUCCCUAUCCAGUAUCUUUCUGGCUUAAUUGAUUUUUAAAUGUACUGUGUAUUUGAUUAAAUUAGCUGUAGUUUAUUUCUGUAAUAGAUUUAUGAUCAGUAUUAUUUUAUGGAUUACAAAUUGCUUGUGGUAUUUGUAUGUACAGUUCUGAUCCUCUCCAUUGUAAAGGGCAUAUAUGAUAGCACACCAACAUAUUUUUAAACAUUUUAUUUAUUUUAAUUAGUAAAAAUUUUUAUCAUGUAAGAUGAAUAAAAAAGUAAAUAUUCAUUUAUUAAAGUAAAUGGGAUUUUUUGAGGUUCACUGAUA